AUGAGCACCUACAACCCUCCCACACUGGAGCAGCUGGCACUGGAGGCGCUGCUGAGGAAUGAUGCCAUAGACUUCUCUGAUCUGGAAUACCUGCCUACUAUGCUCUUCACACCACUCUUCCUAGAGGCAUUCAAUAGGAGACGAACAGAGAUGUUGAAGGCAACGGUGGCAGCCUGGCCCCUUUCCUACCUCCCUGUGGGACCAUUACUGAAAACUGCUGAUGUGGAGAUGAUGCAAGCGGUGCUGGAUGGCAUAGAUAUACUGAUGACCCAAAAUGAUUCAUUAAAGAGGAAGCUACAAAUGUUGGACUUGAGAGAUGUGCAUGAGGAAUUCUGGGAUGCACGGGCUGUAAGAGAAGAUGAAGCGUGCUCACCAGAUGCUUUAAAAAUGAAGCAAGGCCCAGAAAGUCUUCCUACUUAUGCAAUGACGAAGCAAUUGCAGGUGGUGACAAACCUGAGCCUCUUUUUCUCUUUGGAAGAACACCAAAAAUGUUUACUCCAGUGGGCCCAGAAGUGCAGAGACUCUUUGCAGCUAAUCUGUUUGAAGAUGAAGAUUUGUCUCUUCCCUCUAGAGAUUAUCGAGGAGGUCUUGAACAUUUUCCAGCCAAUCUAUAUUGAGGAAUUGGUAAUAUGCACACAUGAAGUCCUGUCUUUCCUAAGUUUCUUUCCACAUUUCCUUGGUGAGAUGAGAAAUAUUAUCAAAUUCAAGCUACAUCAACUCGACUUCCAACAUGAUGUUGUGGAUACAGUGACAGAUGUAAAGAAGUGUUCUACAAAGUUCUUUUCUCAGUUCUCCAAACUUAACCAUCUCCAGAGUCUCUAUUUGAAUGGUGCCUACUUUUCCUAUGACAACAUGAAAACUUUGUUCAGAUGCCUGAAGACCCCCUUGGAGUCCUUUUCUAUGUCUUUCUGCCAACUGUCAACAUCAGACCUGAAACACAUGUCAAAAUGUCAGAGCCUCUAUCAACUGAAACAACUGCACUUUAAUACUGUAGUGUUUUCCAAGUCAUGUUUCAAGAGUCUCCGAAUUCUCCUAGAGAAUGUAUCUGAAACUCUGCAGAGUCUACAGUUAGAGCACUGCAGGAUGAAGGACUCUCAGCUCAAAGUCCUCUUGCCAGCCCUGAGCCAGUGCUCACAGCUCAACAGUAUCAUUUUCUAUGAUAACGACUUUUCCAGUCCUGUACUGAAGGAUCUUCUGCAAUGCAUGGCCAAUCUGAGCAACUUGACUGUAGAGGUGUACCCUGCCCCAAAAGAGUGCUAUGAUCCCCUGGGUUAUGUUGUGGUGGACAUUUUUUCUCAACUGUGUCCUCAGCUGGUGCAAAUACUCAUGGCCAAAAGGCAGCCCAAGACAAUCAUGUUUGCUACAGCCACCUGCCCUCGUUGUUGGAAAUAUUGUGUCUAUGACAUGGAGAUUAGACUUUGCCUUUGUUGGCAGGAAAUAGAAGAUUUAUUCUGCAUGCUGAGAAAUGAAAUCUGA